CUGCAUCCCAAGGGUUAACAGGAUGCAGAUCAUUGCAUAGAAAUGGACAUUGUUGCUACUCCCCCAGAGGAGAGUAGGUCAGGAAAUGAAAGGCAAAUUCUGGAAUGGUCAGAGAGAGCAGAGACCCGGGACGGCAUACAGAAUUGUCGGGGACAAUUGAAGAGAAUAGUUGGACCACUCCAGCGACUGGGUUGCCAAAGAAGUCUGGGACUUCAGAGAUCAAGUUGGACUUGACAGGAAAAGAGUAGUUGGACUGCUCGGGUAACGGGGUUACCAAAGAAUUGUCGGGGGACAAUUGAGAAGAGUGGUUGGACUCUUCGGGCGAUAAACAGGGUCGUCCAAGGUAAGAAAUUUGGGCAUUCAGUCAAGUUGGACUUGACGGGGAAAAAGUACAGUCAUAAUUGUCGAGGAGGGAAUCAGAAUGGGCUCGACAAACUCAAAAGCUUAUGAAAGUGAUGAGAAAUGUAUGUUUAUACAAAGUAAGCGUAAUUGUAGAUACUUAAACAAGUGGAAAGAAAGGUAUGAUUUUAGUGGUAAGUUACUUGUUGAUGAUUGUAAUGACUGCUAUUGCCAAAGAUGCAACAAAAAGAAGGAAGGAUAAAGACAAGUUGGGCUACCAUGAAGCACGUCUGUGGCUUCAGGAAGCCAGAUCACGCAGAGACGGAAAGGAAAAAGAGAAGGAACAACUUACCAAAAGCGAACCAUCGACAAACGCUUUCCUCCAGAAGGGGGACAACGAGGUCCCCCACCGAUCACCGGGUAUGGCGAGUGCCCCCCCUCCAUACACAACGGAGAAAAAGGGGGCGGCCUUGCCACCGGUGUAAGAAACCGUUGGAUCGGACUCAACAAGAGCUCCAACCCCCCUACUGGAACAAAAAACAACCAUUAAGGAAAGCGGCCAGUUGCACCCAGGUUUGCAAAGUCCGAAAAUGACUCACUCAGGUACCAUUUUCUAAUCUUCAUGCAGGUCCUAUAUUUGAGCCUAAAUCUCCACGGUCAAUAAUAAGACCAAGCAGGGCUGAAAUGUAUCCUAUGAUUGCAAUGCCUAAUCCAAAUGCCGGCACAGUGGGGCCAAUGUAUGUGUACAGGCCAUGGAAUAUGGAGGAUAUUAAAAAGGCACUGGAGGGCAUUCCACAUCCUAGAGAUAAUUUGGCAAAGUGGCAGAGGGACUUUGGAAACGUGGUUGUAAGUUAUCGUUUAAAUGCGGUAGAAUAUGAACAAGCGUUGCGAAGUCUUGUCGGGUGUGAUUGGUGUUUAAUUGAAGGAGACUGGAAUGCUAUUGUAAAUGGAGCACCCCUUCAGUGGGCACCAGGUCAGAAUGAUUAUCAUAACAGACGAAUAGCUAUUGAAAAUCGAAUAAGAGAGCACUUCCAGAGAGGAGUCGAUUACAAUAAAAUUAGGGAAUGUACACAAAAUAAAGACGAGCCUGUGCUACACUAUUUCUCCAGACUUAGGGUUGUCUUUGAGGCAAAUAAUGGACAAGAAGUACCGAUCCCGUGGGUGGAUGAUGGACCGUUUGCCCAACAGUUUAAAAUCGAACUGUUAAACGGAUUAAAACCCGAGAUUAGUUUGUAUAUAAAAAAGCACAUGGUGGGAUGGAAAACAAAGGCAUUCAAUGAUGUAAAAGAUUGGGCAGUACAUGCGGUGGAAAACACCAAACAGAAAAAGAUUGUAAAGAACGCUUAUCUGGCCGGGAAAUAAGCGAAAAUACCAUCCCUGUAUUCUACCGCGUAAAACAAGGAGAUCAGGGGCGGAGAGGCCAGAGAGGCAGAGGUAGAGGGAGUAGGUCCCCAAGGGAGGAGGGAUGUUUUGUCUGCGGAAAGAGAUUGUCCCCAGGCUAAGCAUAUUACACUAAGAGAAGGCGAGGAGGGUUCAAGGUCCCGAAGCUAUGACCAAUCCUGACUGAUCGAGGCUGGCGGGAGGGACAAAUCAACCAGAGAUACUCCCACUCCCCCAGCCGACAAAGAGCCUCUGCAAAUAUUGGAUCUAGAAGAAAUCUUCUAUGUCUUACAAGACUACCUAAAGCCUACGAUAGGUUUAAUAGUGAAUGGGGAAAGGAUGACAUUCUUAUGCGAUAGCGGAGCAUGUAAAACUGUCAUAAUAAAAGAUGAAGAGCCCCCGGGAACACUAUACUCCAAGAAUUCAUUAAUAGUAAAGUCUGCCACCGAGCAUACUAACAUGGAGUUCUUGACAAAACCACUUCAGUUCCAAGAACCAAUAUCUAAUGUGUGUUGUGAGGAAUAGGUACUGGUCUCAGCGAUUUGAUCAGUAACUUUGCUAGGCCGAUAUAUUAUGAUGGGAUAGUGGAUUGGUAUAAUACCCACCACACAUAGAUGACCCAGAUGUCAAAGCACAAGUGGAUAUUUUAACUGCUGCGCUGCUAGCUUUGGAUCUUGACUUUGAGGAAGAAAAAAUCUGUAGUCACUGUUUAAUCAAACACAGUUGCAAACGGAAUCUGCUGCAGUUGAUCCAAGAAGGGUUGAGCAAGGCAAUGUGUCUUUAACUGCUGACAUUUUAGUCAUCAUUGAGGAAGACUGUGUUAUUGAUACAGUGCAUAUCGACCAAUCACACAUUGCACCACCCUUUUCUACAAUGGUAACAGAUAACAGCAGGAAUUGGCGCUUCAAAGCAGAUCUUUCCGAACAACUUAUUUUGCUGCUGGAACUGUACAACCCCAAAGAUGUGUAUAACUAUCUGCACCCCUUAUCUCUCAGCCUCUGUGCGGAUAAGGUAUCUUCAGUCCGAUGGAUUGCCUACAGACUGGUGAGUGAGAUGAUCAGAAAAUGUUAUGAGGCUUCAACUCCUGCUUUAGCGGUGGACUUGAUCAGUGAACUUGUUGAUAGGUUUUGCCACAGUGUGAAGUGAUCAGGUCGUCAAGCCUUUGUCUUUGUCUUUGUCUGCCAGGCAGUGAUAGAAGAUGAUUAUAUCCCAAUAGAACAAUUUGCUGAGCAUUUAAUGCCACAUUUGCUACAGCUAGCAUCUGAUCCUGUGCCAAAUGUCAGAGUACUGUUAGCAAGACUUUGAGGCAAACCCUAAUGGAAAAUGGAUGAUGCGGAAAAACAGGAGGAUGGACUGUGGAGAUAUAAAGAUGGACGCUUGAUAUUGCCAAAGUCCUUAUUCCGAUUUGCCUGUGUUAUGAGCCAUGGGGUAACCCAUGUCUCAACAGGAGGAAUGGUGCAACUAAUCGAGAAGGUGUUCAAAACCUAUGGGUUCACGAGUUAUGCAAAGAAGUACUGCGAAACGUGCGAGAUAUGUGCCAGGUACAAUCCACAAGGAAACAUGAAGAAACAACAAGGGAAGUACCCACAACCAAGGUACCCAUUUCAAAAUUUACAUAUGGACUUUAUUGAAUUAACCCCCUCGCAAGGAAAGAAAUAUUGUUUAGUGAUUAUUGAUGUAUUUUCCCAAUGGGUUGAAGUUUUUCCCUCUGCCAAUGCGGAUGCAUUGACAGUGGCAAAAGCUCUCCUCAGGGACAUCAUACCAAGGUUCGGGAUACCAGAGAAAAUAUAUAGUGACAAUGGGAGCCAUUUUGUCAAUGAGGUAAUAGAGAAGCUCACGGUGACCCUAAAGAUACAAUUAAAACAUCACUUCUCUUACCACCCACAGUCUGCAGGGUUAGUAGAAAGGACGAAUGGAACUAUUAAAAGCAAAUUAAGGAAGGAAACGGGAUUUUCCUGGAUAGAUUGUCUCCCAUUAGUCUUAUUAAAUAUGAGAAUGCUGCCGAGUACGAGGGGAAUGUCCCCGUAUGAAAUAUUGUAUGGUAAACCAUUCCAAUACCCUGUUCUACAAAGGUUUUCUGAAACAGUAAGUGAAGAUAGUACCCUAGCACAGUACAUGAAGAAAAUGCAAAUAAACAAAUCUCGUGUGUUGAAAGGUUUAACAGGUCUUGACCAAGCGGAAGGGGAUCUCGUGGAGGAAUUAAAGCCCGGAGACUGGGUGUUCGUAAAAAUUAUCAAAAGAAAAAGGUGGUCAAGCCCUCAGUGGGAAGGUCCGUAUCAAGUACUACUUACUACUCCCACUGCGGUAAGAAUUGCCGAAAGGCCAACGUGGGUACAUAUCACACACUGCAAAAGAGUAAAAUUCCCAACUUCAGAGUAGGAGAAAGGGUGACCGACGACGGCUGACGGCCUGUACAGGUCCAGUAACGAUCGGAAACCUACACCUCCGAAACCAUGAAGUGGGGCUGAUUAUUCUGAGUGGAAUUGCAUUAAUCACCAGCAUAUGCGAAGUAUACAAUAUACCUGAACCGAGGAAGUACUUGCACUUUUGAAAUCGACCCAUGUCAGUAUAAAACUAACAGUUGCAAGGACAAAGCAUACGUAACGGAUGGGGCGUAUGUCUGUCUAGCACCCUGCUCAAAAUGGCACUAUGUUUUCCAACACUCUGAAUCCUCAGGCUAUAAAGAGACCGGAAUGGAGCAAUACCAGCGAUGGUCAUUAAAAAGAAAGUCCUGCACCCAUACGAACCCUGGCUGGAGUAACCGGGGAAGAUGGGGAAAUACACAGCCUACUUGGAAAAUGUAUAUAAUUGUGAGAACCAUCCAGAAGAAAGAUGAAGGGUGGUAUGACGUGUGUUGACGUUACAGCUGAUGAUGCCGUUUACUCACGUAACACUGAAAGAUGUGAAGGAGAAAUCUGAGACAGGGAAUAGAGUGAAAUGGGAACUUGCUAAAGGUUCUUUUGAUGCACGCAUUUACAUAGAUGAAAUUGGAGUGCCCAGAGUGGUUCCAGAUGAAUUUAAGGCACGCAAUCAAAUAGCUGCAGGAUUUGAGUCUGUAAUCUUCUGGUGGUCAACCAUUAAUAAAAAUGUAGAUUGGAUAAAUUGCUUAUAUUAUAAUCAGCAGUGAUUUAUCAAUUUUACUUCGGAGUCACGUGAGUGACUACGUGAAGAACCCACCCAGCGCGCAGGCGCGGCAUUACGUCAGCAGUGCAACAGCGGCAGCAGCUGGAGCCAGGCUCUCCAGCGGCAGCAUAAAGUCAAGACCUCAGGUAAGUGCCUUUUUUGUGUUACAGAGUCGCUCAACGGUGGAGAAUUAUGGCCACCAGGAAGCGACCAGCCAGAAGGACUGCCUGCCCUACUCCACCCGAGGAGGGGUCCAUAGCUGGGCGGCA